GGGCGCAAGAGCUGGCAGGAGGUCCAACCCCCUAGGGGGUUGAAAGGGAGGGGGAAGACGAAGCUUGAAAGACUUGGUAAUGGCGACGGGUUUGUCAGAGCACCAUAACAUGGUGUGGGAAGUGAAGACAAACCAGAUGCCUAAUGCAGUACAGAAACUCCUGCUGGUGAUGGACAAGAGAACGCCGGGAAUGAACGACUCCCUGGAGUUGCUGCAGUGUAAUGAGAACCUGCCAUCCUCACCUGGGUACAACUCCUGUGAUGAGCACAUGGAGCUUGAUGACCUCCCUGAACUUCAGGCUGUUCAAAGUGAUCCUACCCAGUCUGCCAUAUACCAGCUAAGUUCAGAUGUUUCACAUCAAGAGUAUCCAAGAUCAUCUUGGAACCAGAAUACCUCAGACAUAUCGGAAAAUACUUACCAUGAAAAUGAGGUCGAUUGGCUGACAGAAUUAGCAAAUAUUGCCACCAGUCCACAAAGCCCGCUCAUGCAGUGCUCAUUUUACAACAGAUCAUCUCCUGUACACAUCAUUGCUACAAGCAAAAGUUUACAUUCCUAUGCACGCCCCCCACCAGUGUCCUCCUCUUCAAAGAGUGAGCCAGCCUUCCCUCAUCACCACUGGAAGGAGGAAACACCAGUGAGACACGAGAGGGCAAACAGUGAGUCAGAAUCUGGCAUUUUCUGCAUGUCCUCCCUAUCAGAUGACGAUGACUUGGGAUGGUGCAAUUCCUGGCCCUCAACUGUCUGGCACUGUUUUUUAAAAGGCACACGACUGUGCUUUCAUAAGGGAAGCAAUAAGGAAUGGCAAGAUGCAGAAGAUUUUGCUAGAGCCGAAGGCUGUGAUAAUGAGGAAGAUCUCCAAAUGGGCACUCAUAAGGGCUAUGGUUCUGAUGGUCUGAAGUUGUUAUCACAUGAAGAGAGUGUAUCAUUUGGUGAAUCUGUGCUGAAGUUGACUUUUGAUCCUGGCACAGUAGAAGAUGGUUUACUUACAGUAGAGUGUAAGCUGGACCACCCUUUCUAUGUUAAAAAUAAAGGUUGGUCCUCAUUCUACCCAAGCUUGACUGUGGUGCAGCAUGGCAUUCCAUGCUGUGAGAUCCAUAUUGGCGAUGUCUGUCUACCUCCCGGACACCCCGAUGCCAUUAAUUUUGAUGAUUCAGGUGUUUUUGAUACAUUUAAAAGCUAUGACUUCACACCUAUGGAUUCUUCUGCAGUUUACGUGUUGAGUAGUAUGGCUCGUCAGCGUCGUGCAUCUUUGUCUUGUGGAGGACCUAGUGGUCAAGACUUUGCAGGAUCUGGAUUCAGUAAAAAUUGUGGCUCGCCUGGACCGUCACAGCUCUCUUCCAGUUCUUUGUAUGCUAAAGCUGUCAAAAACCACAGCUCAGGGACUGUGAGUGCCACUUCUCCUAAUAAGUGUAAAAGACCAAUGAAUGCCUUCAUGCUUUUUGCCAAAAAGUACAGAGUUGAAUAUACUCAGAUGUAUCCAGGGAAAGAUAACAGAGCCAUAAGUGUGAUCCUCGGUGACAGGUGGAAGAAAAUGAAGAAUGAAGAGAGGAGGAUGUACACAUUAGAAGCGAAGGCUUUGGCUGAAGAACAAAAACGUUUAAAUCCUGACUGUUGGAAAAGGAAAAGAACCAAUUCAGGCUCACAACAACAUUAAACCAGGAUGCUAUGUUCUUAAGUCUGUAGUUGCAUAAACGUUGACUCUUGAUGGAAAGGCUUAAGAAGAUCAAAGUCUCACUGUUGGUCCUGAAUUCGUGUGACCAUAAGAUACUGAUAGCAUUGAGUCUUGAAAUGAUUUAAUAAUAUGAGUGAGGAUUUGCUUUCUCCAUUAGAGCAUUAAGUAUGCUAAAACUAUCAACAUUGUAAACCAAAUUGCCUUAUUUCCUUCCAACCUUCAUAUAUGUCUAUCAGGUAAUAUAGGCUUGAAAAUUGAUAUCCUGUGGUGCUAAAGUACAGUAGAAAGAGACAAAGUGUAUACAUGUUUAUUUUAAAUUGUACGAAGGGGAAUUUAAAGACAUGUAACUGCUGUUUAUACAUUGGCUCCUUACUGCUUAUUAAUCCGUAUGUAUACAUGAUGGAAAGAAGCAGAAGCUGGGAGUCGGGCUUUCACGAGCACCUACCACACGGCCCAGCAUCUGUGCCAAACACAGGCCCUGUCAGGCUGGCCAGUGCCAAGAGACUACAGAACAUGCGGCAGGUGGACGGUGUCGCUGUCCCAGCGAGAAGAGCCACCUGCUGCAGUUGCUGGCGGCAUGCUGAGUUUUUGCACCAGGUGGCAGCACUAGUCCAUUAUUUCCAAUGGAGACCAGCCCGGGCCGAGAUAAAGUUAGUUAAUAGCAUUGGGAUAUAGUCACUGCAAUGGUGCUAUUAACAGUCGACACCCUUGUAUUUUUUAACUUUGUGUCCUGUAUCCUCAGCCACGUAUCUUAAACAUAUUUUGUCAUCGUAUCUUUAUGGUGGGGGCAGUCUUUGCACUUAUUGCAGUGCAACACUUGCACUUUACUUUUCCUCCAACUGUCUAAAAUUAGAGCAAAGACAUUGGCAAUACAGCUGCUUUUGCUCUAAGCUACAAUCAUGGCUUUCAUGUUACUUACCAAGUGGUGUUCUGGUUAGGAAUCACAGCUGUAAAAUUGAUUUCAGUUCAUUACACUUCAUGAUGUUGCCCCUCAAUUUUGCACACUAUAUUCUUGUAUAUUAUUUCAAAUAAAAUGAAAAAAAGUUUA